AUGAAGACGGAACAGUCCCCCAGGGAUGCUGAUGGCAGCCUCUGGGCACGGCCGCGAGGGGCAAGCUGGGUCACAGGGCCGACAGUGCUUCACCCGCAGGCUCCUGUCCCCGCUGGUUUGGGAGGGGUCGAGUUCUGCGGCUCUGGGUCUCUGGCCCUUCCUCCCCCGCCUGAGGCGGACAGGAGCUGCCCAGCUGGGUGCAAGACGCCAUCUUGGGUCAAGGUGCAGCCACUGGGGGCUCCCCACGGGAUCCAGGAGAGAGAUCCCCUGAGGACCAGCGGGCCCCCACUCCCCACCCAGAGCGUCAAGACCUACUCAACUGGUCUUGCAGCGGAGAGGGGAAAGCACGGAGGCGAAGGAGCCAAAGGGGGGGAAAUUAACAGAAGAACGGAGGGAAGGGAGAGAGUGCCCCCAAGAAGGGAAGCUCCAGGAAAGCGAAGCGUAGUUUGGCAGCCCGAGGGCCGCGGGCCCCAGCGACAAGGGGCUGGGGGAGGCCGGGGGCGGGCCCUGGACCCGCGCCAGCUCGGCCCGCGCCGAGUGGGAGGAGGGCACGGCGGCCUGGGGGAGGGGAGCGGGGUGAAGGCGGGACACGGACCGCGGCCGCCUCCGGCUCCGAAGCUCGGGGUCUCCCGGGGUGCGCGGACACGGGGCCGAAGACCCCGAUACGCAGCCUCGUCGAGGCCUCGUCCUUCACUGUGCAGAUGCGAAGCUUUCAAGGACACGUCUGCACCGGCCCAGCGGGGGGGGCGUCCCGGGAACCCCCACCCGCGCCGCUCCCAGCCCCACCGCUCCUACCCCCGCGUUUUCCGGCCCCUGCGGCCCCCGCCCGGGAUCCUCGCCCGCCCCCGCCCCGCCCCCACACUGCGGCGCCGCCGCCACCGCGCCCGGGCUCCCACGGCCCGCGGCGGGGGCAGGGAGGAGCCAGGCACAACGCCCCCCCCCCCGCUGUCCGGUCCUCCGCAGGGAGGUGUGCCCCCCAGCUGGGCACUCUCCCCACCCUUGCCGCCCCUCCCAGAUCCGCUGACGCCCCGCACCCCCAGCCACAGGUGGCCGAAAGAGGAUCGCAGCGUAGCGCUCCCCGUCCCGGCCCCCGCUCGCCCCCCGUCCCGCCCCCGGGGGCCUCCUGGGUCCCCCGCCCCGCCGGGCCAAGGAGGGCGGGGAGCCGGGGGGAGGGGCGGGGGGCCGGGUCGUGCCAGGCUGCCAUUUUCUGCCGCCGCCGCGGAGCCUGCGCGGGGCCCGACUCCCGCCCCCCUCCCCCGCUCCCUGCGGGCCGCGGCGGAGGCCGAUGAUUCCGGGUCCGGGUCCGCGCCCUCCAGCAGCCCGCCCGCAAGCCCCAGGCGGCGCCCCGGGGCUGGGGCACAGCCCGGAAGACGGGGGCGGCCAGGCCGGGCCCCUGCGGCAGCGCCGAGCUGGGCACCGCAGCUGAGGCCGGCUGUGGAGGGGCCCCCGGCGGCAUUUCCUGGCUCCACGGGCGCCGGGCACCGAGUUGCAGGGGUCCAGGAGCGUGUCCCAAGCCGGGCACUGCCCGCCGCCGUGCCCCCCGCCCGGCCUCCCUUGGCUCCCUCCCUCCCCGCCUGCCUCCGGGCUGGCCUCCCAGGCCGCCAGGAGCGGCGCUCAUUACCGUGUGGCCGGUCGGGUCGGGCCGGCCGGGCUGCGCGCCCUGGUGCCGCGGCGCCGCGUCCCGGCUCGUCCUCUGCUCUCGCCGCCGCCGCCGCCGCCGCCCGCGCGCCCUCCCUCCCUCCCGGCCCGCCUGCCUGCCUCGCUCGCUCCCUCCCUCCGCUCGCUGUCGCGCUCCCUCUCUCCGCCUCCUCCGCCGGGUCCCCCCCUCCCGCCCCUUCUCUCCGCCUUCCUCCUUCCCUCCCUCCGGCCGCCCGCGGGCCCAGGCCUCCGCCCGCCGCUCGCCCCCCGCGGCCGCGCUGGCCCCGGCCCCGGCGCUGCCUAGCCGGCCCGGGAGGCAGCGCCUACUGGGGGGCCCCGGGGCGCCGCGGCGGGAGCGGCCUGGGCGCGCGGCCGGUCCUAGCGCCCUCGGCUCGGCUCCCGGCCUCUGCGGCUCGCCGGGGCACCCGCACGCUGGGAGAAGGAGGGCCGAACGCCCCGAUCCCGCAGCUGCCGGACCCUACGCCGGGCCUGAGCACCGCACCUCGGCCGAGCUCCCGGCCACUCCGCGCUCCUCGGGUAGGAGCCGAGCCCGGGGCCCUGCAGCAGCCCUCCCCCCGCGGGGCGCCCUGCUACCUGGCGCUGCCUCUGCGCUGGGUCCCCGCAUCCAGCACUGGCCGCAGGGACAGCAGUCCCUCCUCUCCCCCGGCCGGUGUCAAGUGCCUCCCCCCGCUGCCCGCGGAGCCCCCGGCGGCCUUCGCCCUGCAGUUCUCCCGACCUCCACCAGAGCCCACUGCACUCUGCCGGCCUCAGCACUGGGGCUGGGGACAGCAGCGCCGGCCCAUUCGCGCUUCAACCCCCACUCCACCCGCCACCCCCGCCAGGUGCCGCGGUGGAGUGGAGCCCAGCCCGCUCAGCAGGGCCAAGGUCGGGGCACCAGCUCAUCCAGGCCUCCUGGGGGUUCGAGCGCCUCCACAGCAUGGCCCCCUUUGA